AUUUGAACGUGGUGCUCUGUGAGGUUCGUCCCGCUCGGAUCGCGUUCCCAGCGGAAUCCCAAGCGCGGAGGGACAUCGGUGCAAAUUUCACCGUCAUCAUCGUAAAUGCCUUUCUAGCGGAGCGUAGUCGGCAUCUCUGGUGGGCUCGCUGAUUGACUUGGCUUCCGGAUCGUUUUCGGGAAGCUAUCACCGAGGAGAGACUAUCUGGAAAAGUGGAACCUCGAUCAUUCAGCAUGGCCGGUCAGGAACUUUUCGAUAUGGAGCUGCACGAGGAUGGGGUUACCGAAGAAGAAGUCGGUGAUGAUGCCAUCGAUAUGGAAGCAGUAGAAGCCGUCGCCAAUGACAGAUCGAAGCCCCAUAGCGUCGACAUGGAUAGUCCGAAUGUCGAGCAAAUUCCCAUAUCGGCGGAAAUUGUGAACCCGAAAAAUAAAGUCAGUCCGAGAGAUUUCGAGCUACUCAAAGUUCUCGGCAAAGGAGGCUACGGAAAAGUUUUUCAGGUGAAGAAAAUCACCGGUGCCGACGCCGAUAAAAUCUUCGCGAUGAAGGUCCUCAAGAAAGCCACCGUCGUCCGGAAUCAAAAAGACACGGCUCACACGAAGGCGGAACGCAAUAUCCUGGAGAGUAUCAAACACCCGUUCAUUGUGGACCUCAUUUAUGCUUUCCAGACCGAUGGCAAACUCUACCUGAUCCUGGAAUAUCUCUCCGGUGGGGAGCUCUUCAUGCAUCUGGAGCGUGAGGGGAUCUUCCUCGAGGACACAGCUUGUUUCUACCUUGCGGAGAUCAUCCUCGCUCUGGAGCAUCUGCACCGCGAAGGCAUAAUUUACAGAGACCUGAAGCCUGAGAACAUUCUCCUGGACUCCGACGGCCAUGUCAAGCUGACGGACUUUGGUCUCUGCAAAGAAUCCAUCAUGGAAGGUGACAUGACCAACACCUUCUGUGGAACCAUCGAAUACAUGGCACCGGAGAUACUCAUGCGUACAGGUCACGGGAAGGCUGUCGACUGGUGGUCGUUGGGUGCUCUCAUGUACGAUAUGUUGACGGGCGCACCUCCUUACACGGCGGAGAACAGGAAGAAAACAAUUGAGAAAAUCUUGCGCUGUAAGCUCAAUCUUCCCCCGUAUCUUACGCCAGAUGCUAAGGAUCUUUUACGGAGGCUCCUCAGGCGCCAAGUUGGACAACGACUUGGUGCUGGCCAAGGAGACGCCGAGGACAUUAAAGUGCACGCAUUCUUCAAGAACACUAAUUGGGAUCGGGUCAUAGCCCGGGAUACCGAGCCCCCUUACAAGCCCCCGCUAGUCAGCGAGGACGAUACGUCUCAAUUCGACACGAAGUUCACCAAACAAACCCCGAUUGAUUCGCCCGAUGAUGGAAACAUGCUGUCGGACUCAGUGAACCAGGUUUUUGUGGGUUUCACCUACGUGGCACCUUCGGUUUUCGCCGAAUUACGGAAAUCCAGUCAUGAACCGACAGUGGUUGUGAAAGCGCGUUCUCCGAGGUUAUCCGCCAUACCAUUCACGUUACCUCUAAUCCCCGCUCUGGAAGACGAAGCAAUGGACACCUCCGGCGGUCUGUACAUACCGGCUCGAACCAAGCAUCCUACGUAUCAAUGAAAUAAUGCGUCUGUCAGCUGCUUAUCUAGCUUUCGAGGAAUACGUCCACUUUUAGAGGAAAUUGAGUAAUAUUGCCAUCUCGAGCGGAUUGUUUUGCUCUUUGUCCGCCGUGACGAGAUGGCUUAGGCCAAAUAGGAGAAUCGGUUAAUGGCCGUUCGGACCACAGUUGAUUGAUGGAAAUGAUUGUUGAGUUACUUUGAUAAUAGUUACCGCGAUGAUGAGAAAGUCGCGCAGCAGCUGAUACAUCGCAGGUGGGGAGUCCGACCCGUUCAGGAGGAUUCUGGAGAGUUUGGAUGCGCCACGCGUGAUUUCCGUCACGAUAAUUACUUGAGGGGGAAAGAUUCGAAGCGGGAGCAUGUGCUUCGCAGAAAGGAAUCGAGUUUGCCUGUGUUCCAAUUAAGAUGAUAUUCAAGAAGUUGAUCGAUUGUUCGACAACAUGCUCUGAUACAAGACCUCCAUGAUCAUUGCCGAAGCCCUCCUUUUCUGCCUCGGGGUCGUGCGUCGACACCAUGCGAUUGCAAGCGAUAUAUCUGUAGCUCAUCUCUCCGAGAUUGCGCAUGUUGCUUAGAUCACCGAAUCGCCAGAAGUUUCGCCCUGGGGGAGCGGGGCAGCUCACGUGCCACAAAUCGGAGAAGUCAUGCGAAUGAUUCUUCAUGGGUUCGGGUCUUAAAUCGGACUCCGAAGUCGUUUGAUGUACUUGGUCGUCUUGUACAUCUGUCUGUAAGGAGGUACUCUUAUGCGAAUCUGAAUCAUUUCGGGGACCUCCAUCUGCCUUGCCUCAUGUUGGGAAUAUGAGACACACUGAUUUCGCGUGGCUUUCUUCGUAAUGCUGUAUGACAAGUUCGGAAUCUGCCGCGGAAGUACCGUCGACAUGAGCACCGCUGUCGGGUCCCGCCUGCGCACGUUUUUGUGCAAUUCUCAGAGCAUUUCAGAAAUCGAGAUGCCUCACAUCUCCUCAAUGGUUCCUCUCGAGCCUGGCUCGGAUUCCUCAGCUUGGGAUAUAUCGCGGGAAAUUGAACAAGUCCGGUGUUCCGCUUCCAGCCCACGAGGGCAGGUAUCCCUCGUGAGGCGUGAUGACGUACAAUGCAUCCCUUGAGCGUGUAUAGGCUGGAAGGUCCCGUCAGUACCGGAAGGGGAGGACCCUUCAGAUGAAUGCUCUUUCUCUCUUCGGCAUCUUCCUGGGAAGGAAUUGUUUCGGAGGAAAGAGAUGAACUUAUCGACUCGAAGGAGGAGAAUAGCAACUUAUUAGGCUCCGGUUGAAUAUUGGGGGGGAACGACCAUUCCUGUUUCUAAGAUGCCGUUGAUUGAAGAGUCGCGCACACUCUGCCCCCGUGAAAAAUCGUCAAGGGCCGUCAAGGGAGAAGUAAAUAUACAUACGAUAGCUGAUACUGUAGAUGAGAGAAAAAAAGUCAUUGUGAGGAGAUCGGGACGAGAAGAUCGAUUGGGAGACUCUCGAGCGUUGAAGGAGCCCGCUUCAUCUCCCGCGGACAACCCACAAACCCAUGCUUGUCAGUCUUGAGUUCUGAAAAUCGAGAGGUCGCCUAAGGGAAUCGUCGGCUCCCUGAAUCGGAGCGAGUUGACCCAGGAUGUCUGGGCGCCGAACGCUGAAUGGAAUAGGAGUUGGGAAACUCACCCCACUUUUGUUAGAGCCAUUCCGCUCCCGAUGCCGGAUGAUAGAGGAACAAACGUUGCAUGCAUCGGCGUCGGCUCAAUCAAAAUAAAAAUCUGAUUUUCUAUACUA